AUGCCUAAUAAAAUUAUUAUACGUUAUAUUGAUCAAUGUUUUGUAACUCCUCAGAAAAAGCCUCGAGUCUAUGUUAUUCGUGUAAACUCUGACAUCACUGUUGGUGAGCUUAAAAAAUACAUUAAUCAAGAUAAAAAUCUUACUUUAUGGAAAGUUGAUAUUCCAGAGGAUGAUAAAAGAAUUAAGAAGAUUAAAACCUCAUCAUUAGUUGAGAAAGUGUUCAAUCGUAAAUUUGAAAAAUUUUCAGAUAGAGGAAUUAUAGAAGAGAUUUUCGAAUCCCCGCAUAAAGAAAACAAUAUACACAUUGUUGCAUCCAUUGGAAAAUCUCCCACAUCAGCCUUUCCUGUUAAAAUUAAUAAGUACGCAAAUGUUUAUACACUCAGUAAAGCCAUUAUCGAAAAAAUUAUUCUUCCUGAAAACAAAGAACUUAUUUUAUGGAAAGUUGAUAUUCCUGUGAAUAAUGAAGAUAAUGAAAAAAUUAAUCCGAUUAAAAUCGAUCAAUAUGAAGAAUUAUCAAACAUUACAAAAACUAUUAACAAUAUUUUUGAAUUCCCGCUUAAGGAAGAAAAUAUCCACAUUGUCGUAUCCUUUGCAAAAGAUCCUAAAGCGUACAUAACUUUCCUCCAUAGCUCCCUUGAUCACAUUGGUUUUUAUGAUCAUGUAUUUUCAAAAUUUAAAGAUAAGAAUAUUGAAGUUAAUGCAUUUGACCGGUGCGGGCAAGGUCGGACAUGGAAAAAAAAUGGGAAUCCGAGUGUUGGAAAAGGUUGGGAAGUUGCAAGUAAAGAAAUAAAAGAAUUUGUGAAGAAGCAAGAGAGAAAAAAAGGUGCUUCUCAUUUUUUGAUGGGACACGGUGUGAGAGGUUUAUUUGCUCUCGUCUACGCUGAAAAAGAGGACAAGAACACUGCAGAAGGGAAAAGGGGACUUUUUGAUGGAUAUAUUGCACUUUCACCUGCACUUAAACUACAUAACCAAGGAAUAGAUGUACCAGAAAUACUUAUUCGUGCAGGAAAAUUAGUCAAUAGGAUGAUACCUAAUUUUACUAUUAUGCUUGAAAUUGAUUCUGAGCAUCUUACAGCGAACGGCUCUUUUUCUCAAGUAUAUGAUGAACAUACUUAUAUAAAUAGGUAUUCGACACUUAUUGAAGUGUACUAUGAAGAUAAGAUACAAGAAAUUAUUGAUAAAUGCGAAGCGUGGAUUUUGCCUUUUGUCAAACACUCUGAAAGUUCUCAGACGGAUAG